CAAAUGACAGGAUGUCGUUUCAUAGUCUCGACUCGGAUGAGUUCGGUUUAUUGUCAAGCAGGUCGUGUUCUCCCAGCGGCGUAGACACCAUUUCGCAGCAGUAUAACAGUCUGGAGUAUGCUGGAAAAGAUGAAACGCAAAGUCCAAGGAAUACAACACCACUGGUGGUGAAUGAUCGGUCCUUAUAUCAGACCAUGUUCAUGUCUGAUCUUACCUCUAAAGAAGAAACAACUAGAAAUGAGAGUUCAGGAGAUGUUAAUUCUAUAGACAGACAAGAUUGGGGAUUUACUGAUUUUAUAAAGCAACCCAACUCAAGUUGUCAGUCUGAUCUUUUAUCAUACGAUGCAGUGUCUCCGCCUGGCUCCACCCAUUCUGUAACAGUAAGUUGGGACACAUCAGAAACAAAAUCUGUUCCGGUAACUGUAUGUUUGAACACCUCGGAAACGAGCACAGUGCCAGUAACGGUUAGCUGGAACACGUUGAGGACGAGCACUGUACCGGUGACAGUGACAUACAGUACAUUAGGUACUAUAUCAGCGGAAGAUCUAAGGGACGAAAAUAGUAUACUGCCACAUCCAGAUGAAGAACAGUUUACAGAUGCCUAUGACAGGGUACCAUUUGAUGGACCAACACAACAGCCCGAGAUCUCAUUUUCACAGUCUGCUUCUAGAUUUAACAAAAAGUCUUUUGAUUUCCCAUCACUUUUAUCAACAGCAAAGAUGAAAGAACCGAAAAUGGGUCUGCAGAACAUCAAUAACCAGUGUUACGAGGCAGCUAUAAGUGAAUAUUUUGGACGCAAGAAACAUUCCAAACAUGGCCAGUAUAUAUCGAAACUGAAAAAUUCAAAACCUCACUCUAUAGCUGCACAAGUUUAUGAUAAAUUACAAAGAGGAUCUCCAGGAUUAAGUCUGGGUCAUAAACAAAGUCCGGUUCAGAGUCAAAGUCCGGUUCAUAGUCAAAGUCCGGUUCAUAGUCAAAGUGUGGUUCAGAAAACUGAUUCCAUUGAAACCUCUGUAAUAAGCUCAGCAUUAAGUAAUGAAAACACAACAAAAGAUAUUUGUUCAACAAAAACAACUUUUUCAACAUUUACGACACCCAGCAUUCCUUCACCAGCGUCUCCGUAUUCCGCAAAUGCACAUUCGCCAGGUCAAGCGGACAGUCAAAAAUCACCGAAAUCUCCAAAAGGUGAAACGGACGUGAAAAAGUAUCGUUAUAAUCAGACAGCAUUAGCAUUACAACAAUCUGGGUUAAUGAAAACUACGAUAAAAACUGCCGAGCUGCUACGUAAAAGCCGACUUUUACAACAAGAACUUUCCAAGUUACGCAAAGAGACAUCGAAUUUUGUUCUAAUGGUGCUGAACAACCCAGAGAAUAAACAUUUGAAAGAUAUGUACUUGUCACAAAUCAACCAUCAAGAUAACAAUUCAAAUUCACAGUGAAAUCUCCAAGUGUUGUGAAGCAAUAUAAAUUUGUUGAAUCA